AUGUCUUUGGCUCAAAGAGAACAUGAGCCUCUGCUUCGCCCGGAGGAUAUCGACUCCACCGCGGUUUAUCCCAUCAUACAUAUGAUCAGAGCGGUAAGGAGUAUUUUGUCGAGAAGUAACACGCCGCUGACUUACGAGGCUCUGACUUCUCCUGAUCUAACCUACACUCUCAUCCACCCCCUCGCAGAGAAGUACAUCAACUUGCAGCGGGCUGGUAACAUGUCCAUUGUGUUCUGUCUCCUCCUCAACCGCGUACACUUUGUUCGCGACAAGGGUCUCACAACUGCUAGUCUCUCGCGCACUCGCGCUAGCCUCUGCGAGAUUUUGGCUAUCCGUAGUAUGAGAGACUAUGGUGACCAUUUACUCGACCUGGCUCUUGUCGCGACGACUAGUUGGCCUGUUUACGCUGGUGCUGACCCGGACGUGCUUGCGAGAGCACAAGAAGACAAUGAUAAUCUAGAGGACCGAGUUGGCAAUGCCAUCGAAAUGGCUAUUCUCAGCAAAGCCAAGGGCUUCAUCAAAAGCACACCAUGUCAAAAGGUCAUUGACGCCAUCUGGAGUGGCAAAUGUGUCUAUCAGGCUGACAGUAGUCAUUCGAUUCUCUCGGAUACGUACAAGCGUAAUCCCAUACACUUUUACAACCCUCACAAAGCUCCACUCUUGGAUCAUUACCGUCUGAAAGUUCCUGCUGUCCGUUCUGUGUUAGAAUACAUCAACUUCUUAGGCUUGUUUAUAUUUUUCAUCUUAGCUAUUGAACUUAAUGAACUCGAUCGACUCAAUAUAUGGGAGGUGAUCUUUAUGAUCUACUCACUUGGGUUUUCCUUGGAGAAAGUUGCCGCUAUGCAGGAGCAUGGUAUAAAAGUGUACUUUACAGGAACUUGGAAUGGUUUCGAUGUGGCCUUUGUCACAAUAUACUGGACAUAUGCGAUUCUCCGUAUCUACGGAAUUUCACAUCCCAGUGUCUGGGCCCGCGAAACAGGCAUUGACUGUCUAGCGUUGAUUGCGUGUCUAAUGUUCCCGCGGCUAGCUUUUGUGACCCUCAAGAACAACCUCAUGGUGUUAGCUCUGCGUGCCAUGUUCGUCCAGUUCGCCGCGUUGAUGUUAAUCGCUGCAUUCUGUUUCGGCGGGUUCUUGUACGCGCUUUGGACGUACGUUGAUCGCUCAGUUGCACACACCCGUUUUUGUGCUGAGAAUCCUGUUUCUCAGAUUGAGUUCUCACUCGGACGUGGUUUACUUAGCCAAAUAGCCUGGUGGAUGCUCGACUUGUGGUUUGGGCUCGAUGCCAGCGGGUUUGAGAAAGCAUCUGAGUUUAACAAAGUUUUCGGCCCUCUUCUGAUGGUAGCCUACGCAUGUCUGAGUAACACAUUGUUACUGACCGUUCUUGUCUCGAUUCUUUCUCAUACAUUUUCAACGAUCAAUGAUGACGCUGCAGCUGAGGGUGCGUUUCGGCGAAGCCCUUUCGAUUACAUGAUUGAAUCCCAAACAUAUAGAGUAAAAGCCGAUUCCUUGUUUUCCUAUCAACCACCUAUCAACCUCUUUGCUCUGUGCGUCAUGUUACCGGCCAGCUACCUAUUGUCUCCUCGUUGGUUCCACAAAGUGAGCGCUUCCUUCUCUCCGAUCCGAGACGAACUCUUUCCUGUUCUUCUCAGCAUCGCAUUUUACGAACGACAAGCGAGGAAACGUGGGACUGUGGGGAUUGGCGAGACCAUGAUGGCUAUGACAGAAAAGUUUUUUGAGACAUUGCCUCGCCAAUUCAAGAGAUUCACCAUUUUCGACGGUUUGGCUGGUGGCGAUGCCGAUAUCGAUGCUAUAUUCGAGCUAGAAGACGAGUUAGACAGUGCGCUUGACUCGCACGAACAUGGUGUCGCACUACCUAUGGGCCGGCAGCGGACGAUGUCCACAGCCCAAUCCCGUCGUCCAAGCGGACACGAGCCGCGUCGCUCCAGUGGCAACGGGCCUCGCUCCCCUCCGCCAUUUCCGCGUCAACCCCCCUCUCCGCAGAAAGACGGCCGACAGCAGUCGGACGCCGUGCCUCUCCCUCCCCGACAACGCGUCAACUCCGUACUCAAUCGCGGCGCCGAAAUGGCACACAAUUUCGCCAGCCCGUUGGCGCAGAUCUUCCAGCCUCUCGUUCUUGAUAUGGGCGACGACAUGGCCGAAGACGAGCAGCCCCAGGACAUGCGCGACGCCAUCAGCUAUGGACCGGCAACCCGCCGGCGUCUCACCUCCAUAGCCAGACGCCCGACCGCGGUUGAGCAACACAGCAGCCCUCAUCCACCGCCCGCGACGGCCCUGCGCCGCUUCCCAACCGCAGCUGCGGCGCGUCCACAAAGCCCCUCCUUCGGCACACCGAUCUCAGAAAGCCCAGACCAGCAUGCCGAUACGGGCUCGCCAUCGGAGACCGCCGGGCAAGCCGAGGAGAAAGAGUCUACUCUGGGUAAUAUGAAGUGGAUGAAGCGAUUGGACGAAAUGGAUGCGAGGCAGAAACGCAUGGAGGAGAUGUUGUUGAGGAUCGUGAAGGGCCUGAAUCCGAAGGCUUGAAUGGCUUGUUUGUUCGGCUCCCUCUUGAAUCUCGAUCUUGAUCGAUGCACCCUACUCUGUGCACUAAGUUACAGUUUUCAGAUAGUGUACGAGUACACAGUUCAUAUGCGUGCAUAUACGUGCUGUCGACGCGAC